GGUUCUCAGCCGGCCCCGAUGUACGAUCAUCGGCUGCCGGGGCGUACACGUCAAUUCGUAAACUUGUCUCAACUUUCGUUCUCUCAUCGUCAGUUAACGUGUGAUAAUCAUUGAUUUCGUUUAUUCAUUACUGUUUAUUACUUAGUCCAGUGUCUUGUGUUGUUCCUAGAAGAUAAAGGCACAUCAUUGGAGAAUUGUUUUUCGUACAAUUGGUAUUGAUAAAGCGUUCGUUAUUGGUGAAGAGGCAAUUGAGGCCUCAAGUACACAAUAGAAAGGACUUUACUCCGGGUCACGAGCCUUCGCUGGAGCAAAUCACGUCCCUAUUUCUCCAAAAGACGAGUGCCUCGAGAAUUCCGUGAAGUAGUCAUGACUAGAUUUUUUUUCUGGUCCAGAAAAUCGAGACUGGGCGAUUCCAGUUCGAAUGAUCCAAUUUAGGCGGAUUUAGAGGAAGUUAUGCCGAGAGUAAUGAAAAUUAGUCGAGUGUAAAAAACGAUAAAAAUGUCGAAGGAAUGCCGAUACUUCGUGCAGCAUGCCUGGAAGAAGGAACUCUGUGCCAACUGUUUCGAAUCCAGGCAGGAUCAUCAGCGUUCAGCGCCAUGUACAAAGCCAUUAAUAGCACGAGAAAUUAAAAAUGUUCAGGGUAUUCUUCGUGGACUUAGAACAACGGCUGUGACAGGAUCUAGACGUCAAAAAAAUCAUGUGGUAUUUCCGGAAGAGUUGACGAAAAUCAUUGGAUACGGUGGUGAUGAUUACUCCGACAAUGAUGAUGACUUAGAUCCAAUGUCCAACGAUGUACAGAUCACAGAUAGCUCGAAGGUAAAUGAAUCAAAAUGUCAAAGUACCGAUGAUGAGGAGGAUAGUGAUUCAAUCCAAGACAGCGAUGAGGAUCGGGCACUCAGCAAUCUCACUCGUGUCAAUACAAAUUUUAAUAUGGUAACGGCUAAUUUAACGAGUGCACCUAGUGAAACAAAGCCAAAAACAGUUGGCCUUAUGCUGGGUAGAAUUCAGAAAGACGCCGAUGGCAAUAAAACCACAUUACUCAUAUCUGUAACACCGUUUGGAGCUGAUGACGUUAGUGUGCCAACAGCCCGAAGGCCAAUAGAGAGAAAACGAGCCGAUGAACGGCCAGUUGCACUUGAAAAAAUCGUUGAUAUGCCGUUAAUUGGAUCGAAUAAUCUAAUGGCAAUCAAGAAAAAUGAUGCACCAAGUAGUCCAGCAUCGAUUCGUGUCCCUGACCUCGAAAUUGAGACCAAAUUGUCAGCAAUUAGUUCGGAGUAUCCAGUUAAAAAUACGUGCGAAACGAGAGAAUGUGAAAAUGUCAAUUCAGCGUUGAAAAAAAUCGAGUGCAAUUACAAAAAAGUAAAUAAUGAGUCAGAAAAAAUAGUCAGUAAUGGGGACAUUUUGGGUGUGAAUAAUCGAGAGACUGUUGUUGGUGAUUCGACUUACGAUGAUUUGGGUGAACGAACGGUCGAAGGUGAAUCAGAGCCCAUCGAGAAUACCGAGUGUGCAGGACUUAUUGACGAUAACAAUAGCCGUGAAGAGGCCGGUGCGCCCGAUGGAAGAGCAGAUGAGGAUGAGAUAUCUUUGGAAUGUGGCAUUACCACUGAGCCCAGACGAUCAUUUCUACAUUCAGAUACACUCCCUGGAAAAAAAUCCACUGCCAUUUCAAAGACCAUAUCAGUCGAGGCUGAAGAAAUCACUAUAAUUCCUAGACUCGAUGAUGCAAUUCCUCGAAAUGUCGAUAUCAAACUUGAGAAUGUGGAAAAUGACGAACGAUACUCGGAGUUGUCUAUCAAAGACGACGAUUGUGGCUUUGAUAAUCAAUCCAGUGGCAAUGGAAAACGCCGGAUGGCACCAAAACCCCCGGAAAUCAAUUCCGACGACUCUUCCGGUCCUCUUUUCACUCGUAAACCAAAUUUCAAGAUUAAUAUAAAGUCUGAUUGCCCAGUUGUUCGGGAAAAGGAGAAACGUGAACGUGCAACGUCUUCUUCAAGUCCAAAAUUGAAAAAAUCACUGGGACCAAUGGUGUCUGAUGACUCCAUAAGCUUUUCCGUGGGGAAUCAACCACCUGAGGAUUCACCGAAACCACGUAGAGGUAUUUCCCUGUCGCAUCAGGACAUUCUCUCGUCCUCGAUGGUCCCUGACAAAGCUGAAGAGAAGAAAAAAAGCAAGUCACGUUUUUCAUUGAAAAAAUUGCUGAGAAUGGGGGGCUCGAGAAAGGAUAUUAAUUUAAUAACUACAAUGACCUCGUCGGCAACAAAAGUGGACGAAAUACCGGGCAUCAUUCAGCCUAAACCGAGAUUGGAGAUUAUUCAUCCGUUGGAGUUGGAUGGAGCGGCUGUGGAAGUGUUACGACAUGAUAAACUUACCAAGUGCCAGGAGGAACUCGUGGUCAAUGAUUCGAGACAAGAAUCGGGGAGUAAUGUCAUUGCGAGACUGGGAAAGCCACCGCCACCCCCUAGAAAUGGUCAAUCAUCGACAAAUUUACCGAGCAAGCAGACAUCGCCAAGGCCACCACCUCCCACACCAGACAAUCCAACAAAAUCUUCAUCACCAGUGAGAGCAUGGCAAACAGCUCAGCAUGGAACAGUCGCUGGGGAUUCAAUUUACGCGAAUUUAGCACCGGAGAAUGUUGCAGGUGAGGUGAGAAGUACACUAGCACCAUCCAAACCACAACGUACAGCCAGCAUAAAACGUGAGAGUGAAACGAUGAAGAGUAAUCACUCGAGUCCAAGGGAAAUGGCUGCCUCUCAACGUUACGAAAAAUCAUGUCUCGAUGUACCAACGAAUUCGGAUUCACUCGACUCGACUUCGAGUGACAGUCACGAUGUCUACGAGUUUCUCUCGAGUUCACCGGAGUGUGAUUCGAAUCUGGAGCUUCGUAGGCAUGCCAAUGAGGCAACAAGAACAAAUACCAAUAAAAGAAACUCAGAGGGUGGUGGUGGUGAUCAUUACCGACAAUUCAAGUAUACCAAGUCAAUAUUUGCGAGGUCUAAUUCACUGCCUUACUGCCAGAGCGAAACUGAGAGCGAUGGAUUUUAUACUGGGAAUGAGGGCGCUGAAGAGGAUCAAGACUGGAAGAUAAAGAACGAGGAUUUCGUAAUGAACCGAGUGCGACAGAGAAGAAAUCGAACUGUUGUUCAUCGAAGUUUGGAGGACAAUUACGGUGCCGUUGUCAUAGCCAAUCACGAGUCUCUGGCACAAUUACUAGAACGACUAUCCCAAGUGGACCACUCAUCUCUUUCCCUUCAUCUGCGACCCUUGGGUGCCUCGAAUCCACGUCUUAAAGACUUUCACAUCGAAGCUGACACGCUACGAACAAUUGGGAAACGAGCUUUCUGUUCUGCCUCGUGGAACGACCACCCAGUGACAAUUUGUUUGUCUUCUGACAGUCUCACCUCACCAGUCUCUCACAAAGAAUUCUGCCUUCUUUCGAUUCUCGAAUUUGCUGAUCGAAUUCCUGAUGAGGCACCAUUCAAUCGGGUCACUACACUCACCAAGAAUGAAGAGGUCACGGUAUCGGUUCUGCCACCUUACCAAGUAUGCUCGAUGAAGUCAUUCAUCUCAAAUCUACCGCGACAACUUCGUAAUAAUAUCAGCAAUGAGACCAUAGUGAGAGAAUGUUGCCUAGUUCUUCUACAAUUUGUAACAGCAAUGAAAAAUCUCCAGGCACGUGGAAUCGAGGAAUUGCCCAAGAGUCUGGGUAAUUUCGUACUGUGCAAAGAGGAGAGAGAUCCCUCAUAUCGUCUCUAUCACCUGCAGAGUCUACACGUGGAUCAUAUAAACGACGAUGAGGAACAAGUUUCACUAUGUCAGAGUGCUCUAGUUGCCCUACGGGAACUCAAUCUAACGAACAGACUUCCGGUAAUAAGAGAAUUACUCGUGCGUGAACGUGCAGUGAGCCUCUCCCAGGUGAAAGCAGUGCUUGAGUAUUCAUUGUGGGGACCAGCAGAUGUGACAUUAGACGUCUGGAAAGAGAGGGAAAUUGUUUUGCAGAGGUGGUUAGACCUUGAGAGGGCGACAAUUCUUCACGCUCUAGUGAGAACACGACUACCUCUCAUUGUUGCUGAUGAGUAUCAGCUCAUUUUUUUGGUUCAAACGACAGCAAAAAAUAUGUGCGAGGCAUCUGUACUUCUCGAUGAGCAACGAUCAAAGUUUCAUUCUCUUCAGCAGACUUGAUUAAUUGGGCUGUGAAGUGAUGGGGCGGUAUGAAAAAGGCCAACUCUACAUGUUUCUUAAAUGUGAAUUAGUCUAGGAGACGUGGCAUUUCCGGAGGAAAUGAAAGAUCGACCUCUUUAUAGACCAACAAAUGUUCAUGAGCUAUUAUCGUUCUCAUUUGCAUGAUAUCGAUUAAUUAAAGAAAGAUAAUUAGCCAUUCUAGGGAAGAGCUUAUUUCUCUGAUGUCCCUUGGUCUUCCAUAAAUUCAAAUGCCGGGAUAUUUUCCUCGGUAGAUCUAAGAUUGAAUGGAAAAAUUUACAGAAUUGUUGAACUCAUUUUUAAAUUUUAUCUGUUGUUUUGCGUCCAUUCUAGUUAAUAUUUUUGUUUGAAAAGCCUAAUUAUUAAUUCAUCACUAUAAUUUAUUUUGUUGAUAUUGAAAUUUGGACCGAAUAGAAGACAUUAAGACUUUUUGUUUUCAUCUGAAAAAUCUCGGGCAAAAGUAACGUAAAUAUUUUCCUCUAAAAUCACUAAUUAUCAAGAUAAUUCAAUAUUUAAUAAGGAAGAAUGUAGAACAUCCUAUCAUUUCGUUCAAGUACUUCAGUACUAAAUGAAAUAACUCUCUCUCUCUCUCUGUUACGCUCAAUUAACAUAUCCCAUUGUUCACAUCGUUUUGUAUUCUAUUUUGUAUAAUUUAUUCCUCAAAAAUCGUUAUUUAUUCUUAAAUUAAUCAUAAAUUUGUUACACAUUUUUAAUUUUCCUCUUUCAUGAGGUUAUCGUUCUCCCCAUGUGAAUGUUUUUUCAUUAAAGAAAAAAAUGCAUAAAUCCGUGUUCAUCAUAAUCCUUUGUGGUAGUAAAGUCUGUCUGGGUUUUCUUUAAACACAGUUUGGAAUUCUUCGUACUCUCGCCGAGAUAGUCUCAGGAGAUUUGAGCUUAAUGAACUUCAAAGGACACGAUCGUUUACAAAUUAUUCAUUGAAAUGUUGAAAUGAAGGGAAUGAAAUGUCUUACUGAGUCUCGGGAUAUAUCGCCAGGGCUGACGGAAUCAUGAAUAAGAGACUGAAAAAAAGAUCUGUUUAAAUAUAGAAUAAACGAGGACUUGAAAGCACAGAAGAGAAAAACGUCAAAGAAAAUCUUGGUGACUUUCGACUAAAAUUGUAUGGGAUUUCACUUGAAUUUUAAUAGCCUUUUAAUAAGUUCUAUAAAAAAAUCAUAAGCUAACGGAUUUAAUCGGUUAAAAACUAAUAAAAAUUUCUAUAGAAUUCCAAUAACAGUUUCUAGUCAGGUAACAAGUUUUUCAUAAGUGUUGAGAUUUACUAACAAGAAUUUAACGAGGAUAGCUUCUGAUGGUGAGCCGAGCCACGCUCUGCGCUGAUAAAAACUCAGUAGUUGAAUUUUUUUUAUUAUUACUGGUAUGAGCAGCAUACCAGGUGCUGCCAUAAUAAUUCUAGACAGAGUACACUCUGAGAUAGCUUUGACCGCUGCUACUCUUGAGUUCAUAACUUGGGGGUUCGUUGGAUCAUUGUGAAAUAGGGGAAUGCCUGUUUCAAUUUCUCUUUUUCUCAUUAUCGGCAAGCUAACUGCAUUUCCUGCCGCAACAGCGAAGAAUGGCGACCAUUUCUAUUUAUAAAUAGGAUGGAAAGAGAGUUUUAGGAGGGUUUACAGUGUGGGAGAGCUUCGUAAUUUGGAAUGACGUCAACUAACGGCGAUGAGGGGCCCACGGGUGGCAAAAAAAUGGUUAAAACCAAUGGCAAUUAUGCAGCUGGCAAAUGUUGCACCAAUGAAGGCUUGUUUCAAUGUUUCAGGGUCUUGUGGUAUGCGGGAGGUCGGCUGGUUCAUAUAAUUAACGGCUGCAUUGAAGGCUUGAUUGAGGAUCUGCCAAGCUACCAUUGAACGAGAAGUUCUAAGAGAAAUUAUUAGUUCAGAAAAAUUUAGAAAUGAUUUUCAAUCUUUUGAGGUAUCAGGGAAUUGCAAUUAUUUUUCAAUUAUUUUGUGAACUAAUGAGUUUCAUUUUUCAUUACUGAGAGCAACAUUUUGAUGAUAUUGCGUCGGUCUGACUUUAUUUUAGUCAACUUUAUAUAACUCUGCCCUUUCCCAAGCGUUAAUUUCUGGAUAAUUGGUAAAUUUCGAAAGGAUUUUACAAUAUUUCAGUUUUAUGGGACAUUUUGCAUUGGAAAAUGAAUUUUCCACACGAUUCGAGAGUUUCUAGAGCAUUAAUUGUGGAGGAUAGUAAAGUAAAGAUUUUUUCCAGACUGGUGCCUGAAUAAUGUCAAAGAGUAUAAAGGAAAUUUUUUACUUGUAAUAUGUAAGCAUCCCGGUGGUUAGAAAAAUAUUUCCAGGAAGCUGAAAUGACAUUCUACCGAUUAAAUUCAAUGGUUGACCCGUAUCUGGAUGAAAGGAACUGUCUCUCAAUUUUUUAGCCCACCUUAUAUCGGCUUCUGUUACCCACUGUGGCUCCUUUUUCUCCCUGAUUCACAGAAACGACAAUAUUAACAUUUUUCCUCACACAGCGGAAGAGUAUCAUUUACUUGUAUAGAUCACAGAGCUUUUUAGCCUCCCAUAGCUUCCUUUCAGAUACAAAUAUCGUCCGCAUGUCCAUGAUGAAGACGAAAUGCCGCCAACGUCCAUAGUAAGUGUUCAAAUCCCACAAGGGUUUAUCAAUGUCAAUUCUCACAGAAUUGUUCGACUCUUCGUUACUGUUCUUAAAUAAAUUACCACUAGACAUCAA